UGACACGCCACGUGACCACGCUCCACCCGAGCCUGCACGUGCAGAUACCAGCAUGAUAAAAACGGGCCGACAAAUAGAAGGAAGGGGCGCACAGUGCCGUGGUCAGAGGGCAGCCUAGAGCUCCAACCGUUGAAGGGAGGAAUUGUGGACGGUGAACAGUUUUGAUGAGGAGACUUUUCCGACUGAUAACUGUUGCUGUAUUUGGAGUUUCGAUUGAAGUAUACAGUGGUCGGAAAUUCAUAUCUGAUGGGAUAAACAUACUACUGCCAUUCGUGAUCAGUCAUGGGUCUUCUCAAGAUCUGGACUGUCAGCAUAUUGAACAAGGAAUCCUUACUCACUCGAAGCAUAAAGCACACAACAGUGCCAACUUGAUUCUACCUUUAGUUGAGUCGAGAUAUCAACGCAAGAGUAUAGGGUUCGGUUUUAACAAGAGGACUGUCAGUGUGUUGUUUCAGACAGUUAAUAACCCCUCGAAAACAUUUACGGUUCUGGAACCUCGUGCCCCCGGGACAUGCUUAAAGGGGAGCGGCGAGAGAGUCACAGUCAGGGAGAGUGCCAAACAGAAGAAGUGCAUCUUGGCUACAAGUGCAGGAUUCUUUAAUACUACCACUGGAGAAUGCAACGGCAACAUCUACAGCGACGGCAGACUGGUCAGAGACUCGGGUGGCGUGCAGAAUGUCCACUUCGGCGUCACUGCAGACGACUACAUCUUCGUGGGGUACCUGUCAAAGCAGGAUCUGGUCAGUCAUCAGUUUACCCAGCUGGUAGGGGGCGCAGUUUGGCUCCUCAGAGACGGGGAGAUACAUAUUGACGAGAGUGUCAAGACGGAAUGCUCGCGGACAACGGAAAUGGGACUGCGAGAGUUCGCUUCACUUCAAAAGGCUCGAAUCGCAGUAGGUCAUGACAAAGAUGGUCGCAUCCUCAUCGCACAUGUUGACGUGACGAAAGGAAAUGUUGGAGUCGACGCGUACGAGAUGGCAUAUAUAUUGCUUGACCUCGGCUUCGUGAAUGCCAUUAACCUUGACGGUGGAGGUUCCGCCACAACUGUCAUCAACGGUACUCUCGUCAGUCACCCGUCUGAUGAAUGUCCUGACAAGAUCUUCGCCUGUGAGCGUGAGGUGUCCACCAUCCUGUGUGUUCAUGAGCCAGAGCGUGUCACGGUUCAUUGGUUAGGGAAUGACUCCUGUGACCCGGGAGCGUGUAACAGCCCAGGGCAUUGGUCAAGACCAGCAUGUCCCCACCUCCAGUGUCCAACGAGUUGUGACCCACACGAAACAAAGCCAGCUGGUGUGGCAAGGGAGAUAACCGAGUCGGAACAUUUGGUGGCGGACCAGACAGUUCAGUACAGGUAGGCACUACACUGUCCUAGGAUAUGUGAAUGUCACACAACGAUUCUUCUCUUCUAGUGUGUGAAGACCCGUGAAGAUCCGGGGUAGAAUAGGUCUUCAGCAACCCAUGUGCUUGCCAUAAAAAGGCGACUAUCUUGUCGUAAGAGGCGACU